AUGUCUUCCAGCGAGCCUAACUCCUCCCAGGAUCUCAAGUUCCCCCCUGUGCAGGUGGCCCACUCGCUCACUAAGCUUGAUCUUGAAACGCUCAUGAUGAGGUCGACUCAACGCCGAGCCCCAGAAGAGGCGGGCAGCUCUCUCGACGACAGCAGCUAUGACCUGCUCGGCGACGGCGUCAUGGACAUGUCCGACGACGAAGCCCACACCGAGUCGAUCGCGUCCACCGACGGUCCCACGCCCGAUGACACGUCUGACGAUUUCAGUGAUGACGACGUCGAGUACGAAGCCGGCGAGCAUCACUUACAAGAUAGCACAUACUCUUCGCACGGCGAAUCCCAAGAGCAGCAAACCCACGUACACCCUAUACUAUCCGGGGAAGACUCCUCUCUGACAGAGGUUCCGCCAUACCUGAGUGGGAGCAUGAGCACAAGGCAUUUCGUACUCCAAGAGCAGCACACGGGCAGCUCUGAUGUAAGCCAUGGAAGCAGCGUCAUCAAGAGCUCGGCAGGUUAUACGGACGAGCUACCACCGGUGUUCGACCGUUAUGGCUGCAAAGAGAUUAGAUUGUCGGUCAAGGCAGCCUUGUCCAAGGACCCUCUCGCCACCCCAGACGCGUACCGAAUACUGUAUAUUGGUAGCGGAAAGUGGGCAGAGGGCACCAUCACCUCUAAGAUCUGCGCAGCGCUCGCUGCCUACCCUAGCGCCUCGAAGUCGGUCAUGGUCCGCGGUCACAUCGAGCCCUAUGCCCCUGUCCCGCACGCUGAUCGUUGUGCCAAAAUGGAGAUUCAGAAGUCGCGCGAGAAGAGGCACGUUCUCGCCAUCAUGGAAGAUGGACGACAGCUCAUGUUCGGCUCCGGCCUGUCUGCUCACUCUUCAGAUCGACCAGACCUUGUGGUCCUCUGUCACCCAAGCGUCCUUGAUAGCACUGCUGACAAACAAGAUCUUGCAUCUGCCAAGGAAGUAUUCGAACGCGAGACAAUCCCAUGCAUCAAACUUGCUGAGACCAAUCCUUUCGGAGCUGGAUCUUCCGUUGAUGAGAACACUACGGCGUUACGGGUAUGCGUAGAAGGGCGAGACAACCCGAACACUGAUUACGAGCUGAAGGAAGUACUGCCUCUCGAUAUCCACCAGUUCGACCAACUCGAGCCAUCGCAGCUUAAUCGCCAUCUCGCACUCAUUAGUCCUCAUCUAGCGAAGGCACAGGGCACGAAGGCUGCCUCGACAGCCCGCAAAUCAUGGUUUAGUGACAAGACCAAGACGUCUACGAAGAAGAUGGGCUCACCAUGGCCAACUGCAAAGUUGCUAGCAUCUGCUUUCGUCCUCUUCGCGCUCAUCCCCGCGCUUCUCAUGGGUGCGGCUUACACCCCUAUGCUGUACCAAAAAGUGUCACAAGGGCGGUCAGUGUCACCAGCCGUUUCAGAGAUUCAGAACAACACCGCAACGAUCACACCCGUAGCGUCAGUGUCUCCAAGUGCGGCUCGAUACCCAGAUUUAAGUCGUUCGAGCAUGGUACACGAAGCCCGAGGCCUCACUGUUGUACCAGUCCAGCCAAAGCAGGCUCCCCAGAAGCCAAAGGCGAAGAACAGUCAGGCUGGAGGUUUCGAAAUCCAGAUAACCGGAGACCAUCAGUUUGUACUACGUCCUUCUAAAUCCUUCAAUUCGAACCGGAAGAAACCCCAACUUCAGGUUCAAGUUUCUCGCCAGUCUCAAGAGGUUCCAGCACAUUACAACCGGACCACCACUGGCGAGUACAUUGUCGACCUGGAUCAGCAGUAUCGAUUCGAUAAGUUCAAUGUCAGCAUUGCCACACAUUCAAAGCCUCUUUUGCGGCAAUCCUUCGAGGUGAUGCUCGGACACAACAAGUCGACGCUAGAUCAACUUCUCGACACCGCCAUGUCCAACAUAUUGGAUACACAAAACACCCUUCGCAACGUCUCCGCUGUAGCUGCACAGCACCUGCAAGAAUACAUGGCCGGGUUUGAUCUCUACGCUUCCAAGCAACUUCAGGAGACUAAGCAUCAGCUGGAGAUGAAGGCUCAUCGGGCAAGACAGAUACCGGAUGCUACGUGGAUGGGGUUGCGAAAGGUGACCGCACCGGUGCGGACAUCGUCAGCGAUGCAAAGGGCCAGGAUGAAUGCUCUUCGCGUGAGGUGCAAGAUGGAGACAGCGGCGGGACUGUCUGCAAAGGAAGGCGGUGAGGGGCAGAGCUGGGCAUGUGCAAAGGUGGGAGGGGCGGUCUAG